AUGGUGAACAAAAUAGAAUCAAAGCCAGUGUCGACCUUUAGAGAAGAUGUCAUCAAGAAUUUUGAGUCUUACUACGACUCAGAGAUUGAAAUUGAAGAUGAAUAUGAAGAAGAAAAUUUGUCGAACAUUUAUGAAAACGGCGAAAGUAGGGAAUCCGGAAACGAAGAAAGUGCAAAGAAACCUACAGACGAGGAGCUCAAAGCAACCUUCGAGCACCGGAAGCAAACCCCUGCUGUCAGAUUGGUAGAAGAUCCAUUCAAUAUCUUGAUCUGUUUACCACCAAAAUGCGGUACAACUAAUUGGCAGCGAGGAAUGAAUACCCUGAACUCCAUUAUUGACGGGAAAAAACGAGAGCCCGAGACGUUCUACCCGCCAAAAUUAUACAGUCUUCUUCCAGUUCUAACCACCAAGCAAAUCGAUAGCAAUAAGACCAAGCCGUUGAGAUGGGAAAGAAAAGUUGCGAACACCAGAAAUCCCUUUGCUAGAUUAUUUUCCGCGUGGAAUGACAAAAGCAGAAAUCAUCUUGAUGAGCACGGAGAAAUAAGUUUUGAUGACUUUUCGGGAUCAAGAAUUCUUCAACUUGUAGAAGAAGGAAACAUAUCAGAAGCAAAGAAGCGCAUGCGAGGAAUUAUUGCUGACAAGACGAACCACUUCCAUGCGCCAUAUUGGGCCGGAAUCAAGCCUUUUCAAACUUCGCGGCCUCCAGCUGGUAGAAAUUCUUCAUUCGAAGCAUUCGCCGAAUACAUCGUCGCUAACCCUGGUAAUUCAAAAAUGAACCACCACUGGAGAACUCUUUACGGCCAAUGUGCUCCUUGUGCCGUUGAAUACGAGUAUAUCAUCCAUCUAGAGGAAAGUCUUUACGAAACUCCAUACUUACUAAAACGACUUGGCGUUAACGAGCAAACGCAUGUCCCUGGAAAAUAUUCAUGGUCUCCGGCUGGUCGAGAGGAGAUGAAAUGGAGUUCUGUGCCUCGGCUUACUGCUGAGAAGAUUUAUCAGCAUUACUAUGCGGAUUUUGUGCUCUUUGGAUACUCUCCUGACGAAGUUCUUGGUUUCAUCGAUGCGACAAGAUCGGAUCUAAAAGCAGCUUCUGUAGCACAAAGAGAUCAGUCACGUGCAAAUCUUUUUCCAAUGCGAAAAAGUUAUUUAUCGAAAUACUACGAAGGCUGCCAAAACUAG